UAGUUUGUAGGAUGGCUGUUUACUGGACUUUUUAUACCAUGAUGCUGUAAUAUAUUGAGUAGGGGUGUAAUUUCGAAACUAAAGGUAAUGUGCUAUCUAGAGUGAUUUGUGGGUCUAUUUCGUAAAUGGGCGGUUGGAGGGUUGGGGUGUAGUUUUCUGUCGUCGGCCGGCUGGGCGGCUCGGGCGCUGGGUGCGCAUCAGCUGUUGACGAGAGGGCGAUCGAUCGGGCGACGUGCGAGAUCAAGGAGCGAGAUUAAAGCCGGGCUCGGGGUCGGCGUUGGAAACGGGACGGUGACGGGCGAAUCGGAUCUAAAAGAAGAGGCGAAGCCGUUGGCCGGCGAGGCGUGAACCGCGUCUGCGACGAAGCCGUCUCCCUCUUCGUUGUCGACCCGCCAUCUUUAAUUCGGGAGGCCUCUGACGUUCGAAAGGCAUCCUGGGAUCGCUAAUUAGAGUGCAGUGAAUUUUUAUCAAAAUCGACUUCUAUGGGUUCGGAAUCUAGCUGUAGUCGGAGGAAUGCCGUGUCUGGGCGAGUCGGCCGUUGACGCCCGUGUUCCUAGGCGGUCCAGUUCGUGCAUCAUCAAGUGAUAAGGCCGAUACCUCCGACGGCCGAUACUGGACGAGGGACGAGUCGAGGGAAAGAAGAGGGAUCCCUGGUAGCGCGGAUAGAAAAAGGGCCAAAUGUUCAGUGGGACCGUGCGUGUGAAAAUAUGCGAGGCUUCCGGGUUGAGACCCACGGAUUUUCAAAAGAGGCACAACAUGAUGACGUUCGGGAAACUGGAAGACCAACCGAUCGACCCUUACGUCUCGAUAGACGUCGACGAGAACCAUUUGGACAGAUCGACGACGAAACCGAAGACUUUCGACCCCGUUUGGAACGAGUCUUUCGUCCACGACGUGCAGAACGCCGACAACCUCGGCCUCACCGUUUUCCACGACGCCGCCAUCCCUCCGGACGACUUCGUCGCAAACUGUUCCAUCCCAUUCCAGGACCUUCUCCAGAGAGAUACAGACUCGACGGAUUUCUGGGUUGAUUUAGAACCCCACGGGAAGCUGCACGUACGGAUAGAUUUAAAAUGGACAAGUCAAGAACAUACAAAUUCCAAACCGAGGGAGUUCAAAGAAAGGCAGGGAUUCAACCGUCGGAGGGGUGCUAUGAGAAGAAGAGUCCACCAAGUCAAUGGUCACAAAUUUAUGGCUACGUUUCUCCGCCAACCGACAUUUUGUUCCCAUUGCCGAGAGUUCAUAUGGGGCUUAGGAAAGCAAGGCUAUCAAUGUCAAGUGUGCACGUGUGUUGUUCACAAGAGGUGCCAUCAGUCCGUAGUUACCAAAUGUCCAGGGAUGAAAGAUGAGACAAGUGCAGUUCAAGCGCAGAGGUUUAAUGUUAAUGUGCCACAUCGGUUUGUAAUGCAUAAUUAUAAACGUUUUACAUUUUGUGACCAUUGUGGUUCUCUGCUAUAUGGUCUUAUAAAACAAGGACUUCAGUGUGAAGUUUGUAAUAUGAAUGUCCACAAAAGAUGUCAAAAAAAUGUAGCUAAUAAUUGUGGCAUCAAUACUAAGCAGAUGGCAGAAAUAUUAUCUACAAUGGGAAUUUCUCCAAGUCGGCCUAAAUUAAGUACACAAUGUGGUAGUGGUGUAAGUUCAGAAAGAGGGGUCACAGGAAUAUCUCCUUUACCUCAAGAUGACGAGGCAUCACCUGUUUUCCCUCAGCAAAAAGAAGAUUCAAAAAGACUGGAUCAACCAGAGAAAGGACGCACUGAUCUCAAAAAAUCUGGGGUUGAUGAUUUUCAUUUUAUUAAAGUACUUGGCAAAGGUAGCUUUGGCAAAGUUAUGCUUGCAGAGAAAAAAGGGACUGAUGAAGUUUAUGCUGUAAAGGUAUUGAAAAAAGAUGUUAUAAUCCAAGAUGAUGAUGUGGAUUGCACGAUGACCGAAAAACGAAUAUUAGCUCUUGCAGCAAAACAUCCGUUUUUAACCGCACUCCAUUCUUGUUUUCAAACUAAAGAGAGAUUAUUUUUUGUCAUGGAAUAUGUUAAUGGUGGCGAUUUAAUGUUUCAAAUCCAACGUGCACGUAAAUUCGACGAGCCUAGAGCAAGGUUUUAUGCAGCAGAGGUCACAUUAGCAUUGCAAUUUCUUCAUAGAAAUGGUGUAGUUUACAGAGACCUAAAGUUAGAUAAUAUAUUGCUUGACAAUGAGGGCCACUGUAAGCUAGCGGACUUUGGCAUGUGUAAAGAAGGUAUUUUGGAUGGAACGACUACUACAACAUUUUGUGGGACACCUGAUUAUAUAGCGCCAGAGAUUUUACAAGAGCUGGAAUAUGGGCCAAGUGUCGACUGGUGGGCGUUAGGCGUGCUAAUGUAUGAAAUGAUGGCUGGCCAACCUCCUUUUGAAGCUGAUAAUGAAGACGAUCUUUUUGAGUCCAUACUGCAUGACGAUGUCCUAUAUCCUGUGUGGCUUUCCAAAGAAGCUGUAUCAAUAUUAAAAGGGUUUAUGACAAAGAAUCCGAGUAAAAGACUGGGAUGUGUCAGCAUCCAAGGAGGAGAACUAGCAAUCAGAACGCAUGCAUUUUUUAAAGAAAUGGACUGGGAUGCUUUAGAAGCUCGAAGACUAAAACCACCAUUUAAGCCGAAAAUAAAAAGUAAGAAGGAUGCGCUAAAUUUUGAUGCUGAAUUUACAAAAGAAGACCCUGUACUGACGCCUAUCAACGGAGACGUUGUAAGAUCCAUAAACCAAGAGGAAUUUAGAGGAUUUUCUUUCAUAAAUCCUGAUUAUAAUCCUGCCAAGUACAAUUAUAAUGACAAAAACUAGAAACUUUACUCUGAUUUGUGGUAUUUUCGAAGUUGGAGUACAGCAUUAAUUGAGAGAGAAUUGUUACAAAAAGAAAGUAUUUAUAGUUAUUGUACCUAAUAAGCUAUCAUCACUGUAGGCACAAAACAUUUUAUUCAGUCUUUAAAUUGGUGAAAUCACCAUUGUUCUUCAGAAAUGGAAUUUGUAGAGUUUAUUUUUAGAUGUGUUCCUUGUUGUUUAUAAAUAGAAUUUGAUUUUAAUGUCUGACAUUUGGUUAGUAAUGUUUCAGAGAGUGAUUGACUGAGUAUGUGGUGAGUUAAAGACGGAGUGAGAAUUCCGUGUGUGAAUGUGUGUGUGAGACAGAGGGAGAAAAUGAAUACUGAGUGUAAGGAAGAUAAAAAAAGUGAGAAUUUUAUUGUAUGUGCGUAAGGUGUGAGAGAGAAAAAAGAAAUGUGUAAAAGAGAUAUCUGUCAAGGCCUACUUUUUAUUGUGUCAGCCUUAUAUGUAUAUACGUAUAUGAUAUAUAAAGUUGCUUACAUAAUAUACAAUUACAUUUUUAUUUUAUAGGUAUAUUUUUUGCCACAGAUAAAUGUAAUUGUGUUUUAUGUCAAGAGCAAACACACACACACAUUUAUCAGUCUUCAAAGGGCCAUGCCUUUAAAAUCAAGUUUUUUUCAAACAACCUUAUGCCCAAAAAAAUAAAAAAUAAAUAUUUUUAAAAAUUCAGUCAUG